AUCUCUCAGUCGUUGUUCUCACUGUGCGUGAAGCUCUGAAUCAAUUAGAGAUCGCUCCGCCUCUCUCCGCCGAGCUUGAAUCUGAAAACCGCCGGUGUUUUGGUCAGCGACCGAAAUCAAUAAGAAGAAGAAAUGUCGGUGCAAGAUUACUUGGAUAACCACAUGCUCUCUCGGAAAAUCGAAGACGCCGUCAAUGCCGCCGUUAGGGCUAAGGCCUCCGAUCCCGUCCUCUUCAUCUCGAAUCAUAUGAAGAAAGCGGUUCCUUCAGUGAUAACAAAGGUCAAAGCUCGGCAGAUCCUCGAUAGCAGAGGAAUUCCAACCGUCGAAGUCGACCUCCACACUAACAAAGGAACGUUUCGUGCUUCAGCUCCUAGCUCUGAUGUUUCCGGAAUGUAUGAGGCUGUUGAACUGCGAGAUGGGGACAAGGGAUUAUAUCUUGGAAAUAGUGUGACUAAAGCUGUUAAGAAUGUCAAUGAGAAAAUAUCUGAAGCAUUGGUAGGCAUGGAUCCUACGCUUCAGUCGCAGAUUGAUCAGGCAAUGAUAGACCUCGAUAAAACAGAAAAGAAGAGUGAACUUGGAGUAAAUGCCAUAUUGGCCGUGUCAAUCGCUGCUUGCAAAGCUGGAGCUGCUCAAAAGGAGGUUCCACUGUACAAAUAUAUUGCCGACCUUUCUGGAAAAGGCCACCUGACCCUGCCUGUCCCUGCUUUUACUGUUAUUAGUGGAGGAAAGCAUGCUGGGAAUAAUCUGGCCAUUCAGGAAAUUAUGAUUCUCCCAAUUGGAGCUAGCAAGUUUGAGGAGGCAUUGCAAAUGGGAUCUGAAACCUAUCAUCACCUGAAGGCUGUUAUUACAGAAAAAUAUGGCGCACAUGGAUGUAAUGUUGGUGAAGAUGGUGGUUUUGCUCCCAACAUCUCAAGCGUUAGAGAAGUCUUGGAUCUUGUAAAAGAGGCGAUCAGUAGAACAGGUUAUAAUGAGCGAAUCAAACUAGCAAUUGAUUUUGCUGCUACUGACUUUUGCAUAGGUACAAAGUAUGACCUGGAUUACAAAUCAGUGGAUAAGGGACAAAAUUUCAAGUCGGCUGAUGAUAUGAUCGAGAUGUAUAAAGAACUUUGUAGUGAGUACCCAAUUGUGUCAAUUGAAGAUCCGUUUGAUAAAGAGGACUGGGAACACACUAAACGCUUUUCUAGUCUUGGAAUUUGUCAGGUAGUUGGAGAUGACUUGAUAACGUCAAGUCUAAAGCGUAUUAAGAGAGCUAUAGAGGAGUCCACCUGCAAUGCUCUACUCGUAAAGAUAAACCAGAUUGGAACAGUGACCGAGGCCAUUGAAGUCAUGAAGCUGGCGAAGGAUGCCCACUGGGGAGUGGUCAUGUCUCAUAGAUGUGGUGAAACUGAAGAUUCCUUCAUUGCCGACUUAGCUGUUGGUCUCUCAACUGGUCAGAUCAAAGCUGGUGCUCCUUGCAGAGGCGAACGGCUGGCCAAGUACAACCAGUUACUUCGAAUUGAGGAAGAACUUGGGGAUGAUGCAUUUUAUGCUGGUGAAGAUUGGAGGCAACCAUCCUGAUCAUUUUUCUCAGGUUUCCCCACAGUUCUCUUUUUAUAUUCUUCAUCUAAUGUCCGGGGCUCGCCGAUCCUUCUGCUUCAUUGCUUUUGUUAUCAGAGUGUUUUCUUUGUUUUCUUAAUAUGAUGUGUAAUUAAGUUUGUUUAAGGUGUUCCAGACAUUGGCGGAUUGCGUAACGAAAUUUUCAGAUACACAUUGCAGAAAGGAAAAACACUUUUUGAGUAAAUUUUCGGAACUUGUAGCUUGCCCUAAGGAUUUUGGAAGAUAAAAAAGAACUGGCUCCGACGCAUGUCUUUGUACUUGCCUCGUCAAAA